AAGGCAGGAGGAAAGAAGGAGGAGGAGAAGAUAAGACGGAGGGGAGGGAGGAGGAGGAGGAGAAGAAGAGAUAACGAAGAGGUGGACACAACUCUGUUAAAAAAAACAGAACAGAGGAGGACAGGAGAAGGAGAGGAGGACGAGGAAGAAGUGGAGAAGGGAAGGAGAGCAGAGGGUGCUGCAGCCAUGUCAGACACACCUCUGCAGAGGAACGGCACCGCAACAGCGCCGAUGUCGUGUGAGGAGGCUCAGCUCCACAAAGAGAGGCUGCAGGCCUUGGCGGAGAAGCGAAAACGGCAAACUGAGAUUGAAGACAAAAGAGGCCAGCUGGAUGACCUGGGGCUACAACUCCAGCAUCUCAAGUCCAAAUCCAUGCGUGAGCGAUGGCUCCUCCAGGGAAUGGGUGCGGAGGAAGAGGAGGGAAGGCGAAAACAGCUGGAACAGGACGAAGAACAGGGAAAGAGGCUGGAAGACAUUAUACACAGGCUGGAGUCUGAAAUCGGUACACUUGAGAGCGAAGAGUCUCAGAUAUCCGCCAAAGAGCAGGUUCUACGAGAACGUCUGAAAGAGACGGAGCGCUCCAUAGAAGACCUGCAGAAGAGUCUGAUGGCACAGGAUGGAGAUGCCCCCGGCCGCAUGUCCGCGCCUCUCAGCGACCCGGAUCCCGAGCACCUCGUCCUGGCCACGCAGCCCAGGACCGGCCAAUCCGCCUCCGGAGAGCACGCCGCACCAAGACCUGCAAUGUUUGCCAUGGAGAUCAACGUGCAGCACGACCCGCAGACCGGCGAGCAACGCAUCCUGUCGGCCAACCGCGUGAGCCCACUGGAUGCGGCAUCGCGCGGUGUCAAAGUCUUUGACGACGGCAGAAAGGUGGUCUACGAGGUCACGUCCUCCGGGGGCGUGUCAACCAGCAACACAAUGGAGAACGGAUGGAGCUCUGCACAGGUCGACCAGCUGAUCCAGAGAGCUGCGAGGCCGGGGUCUCAAGGUAGCGAGGACGGCAGGGGUAAGGUGACGGUGACCCCAGCCGCCCCGAAGGCCUACGUCUCCCCAGCAGAUACUGACGAUCUGUCUCCUCCCUCCUGCGCUCCUCCCUCUGUUCCUUCGAGCCCGCCAGCCCAGGUCACUCUCCAGAGGGAGCCCCAGCUCGGCAUGAUGCCCCCCUCUGCUCCCAUCACAACCCAGCCCGCCUCCUCCGCCCACCCUGGUGGUGAGUUCAGCUCCCUGCACCAGGCCAGCACAGAGCAUCCGAUCACCAUGGUGUUCCUCGGCUACCAGGACGUUGAGGACACGAGCGAGAGCAGGAGGCUGCUGGGAUUCGACGGUGCCGUGAAGGCCGAGGUGGUGCUCAUCGACGAAGACGACGAGAAGUCGCUGCGGGAGAAGACGGUCACCGACAUGUCCAUCAUCGACGGCACGGCGGCCGACCUCGUGUCAGGGCGGCCGGCCACGUCAGAGGGCGCCAGCACGGAACUGUCAUCCGACGGCCGUGAGCCCGACAGCACCUCCUCGCCCCCCGCCAACCCCGACACCAACAUGGUACCCCCGCCAGGCCUCACCCCCGCCACAGGCUACGGAAAUACACCAGGGGUUACCUUGACAACAGCAAAUGGGUACCAAGCUGCCAUUCCGACCAGGCACCCUCACGGCGCCAUGAAAUCGUGGCGGGCAGCCGAGGAUGUCAGUGACAGAACACAGAGAGAGCGAGCCCUGAAGAGUGUGAGUUUCCAGGAAUCGGUCAGCGUCAUCACCGACAGCCCUGCAACCAUGGAGCUGGAGAACCAGCAGAUCCAACAUGGCUGCGUCAGCAGCCCCAGUAACAAAGCCCAUAAUGCAGUUCCUGACAGCGAGGUGGUGCAGGAGAUCCGCUACUUGGACCAGGUUCUGGACGACGCCUCCGAAACCCCCACCAACGGAAACUCUUCUCCGUCCGAACACAGCAAGCUUAUCAGCAUCGACGGAACUCUCCUUCUAUCUGCAUGUCGGCUCUCUCCCGUCAAUCACCAGUCAGUGGUUGUGGAGGGUCAGAGAGAAACCACGUUCCUCCACCACGAGGACUCCGCUGUGAGGACCAACGGCCACGUGCAGGUGGGGAGUCGGGGAGCGGCGGGGCAGUUUGAGCUGAGAGCGUUUCAGGAGGAGAAGCGACCGGCCAAGCUCUUCACCCCCGGAGAGGAGCAUCAGGUCAGGGUGACGAGGAGACGACCCUCAGGGGAGGUUGAGGAGCUGGAGCGAGAGCGUCAGGAGCUGAUCAAGGACCAGGCAGUGAAGAAAAACCCCGGCAUCGCCCAGCGCUGGUGGAACCCCCCCCAGGAGAUUCCUUUGGAGAAUCAGCUGGACGCAGAGCAGCUCGAGUCUCUCAAAAAAUACCAGGAGAGGAAACAGCAGAAACAGAGUCACCCUUACACACACAUACAGCCCCAGGUUUCAGGACCUCCCACAAUGGUGACCUUUGACCCAGAUCUGGACAGGAAGGAGGACAUUGUGCAGGAGCAGAUCAACUUCUCCUCGGCCAGGAAGCAGUUUCUGCAAGGAGAAGCUACCAAGAGGGACGUGGCUCCUUACAUGUACUCCGCCAAACCCUUUUCCAAAUCCACACCCAGGAGCAGUCAGGCGUUCAGUGACAGUGUUGGGGAAACCGGGGAUAGUCACGUGACCUGGUCUGAUGAAGGAUACGGAGCAGAGUUUACCUGUGCAAGAGCUGUUAUGACAAUCCUGCCUGACGAGGAGGAGGAGAAAAACCAUUUCCAUCUGGGCUUCCACCCAGAAGAGUCUGACUCGGGGUUAGACGAGUUGUCCCUGCGCUCUCAGGACACCACCGUGUUCAGCUCGGAUAAUGUGUCCGACAGCGGGGCUUCGCUACCGCCGACCCCGCAGCCACUCACCCCUGUGUCCCCGCCCACGCCCCAGCCCACCACGCCUGUCAAUGGGCAGACCAAUGGCAGUCCAUCAGAAUUCGAGCUGGAGUACCAGGCGGGAGUGCUCGUCCAAAACGCCAUCCAGAGUGCCCUGUCAGCUCAGGACGGAGACGAGUGGCUGCCCUCCGACUUGAACUCUUCACAACUCAGCGCCCCAGUGUCUCCAUCCUCAGCCUCUACAGGAAGCCCAGUGCCAGUGUCUUCCUCUCCUGCAUCCUCUGCUGGAGCUCCUAGUCUCCAAUCACCCAUGUCCUCCAGUCCUGCUCCACCCAACCUGUCUCCUCUGCCAGACAGACGUCCAGAAGUAGGGUUUGAGAAGCCUUUAGAGUCAGAACAGCAGCAGCAGUCCUCCAGUCCAGCGCAGCAGCUCCAGACGCCUUCUCCGCCUCCCUCUCAGACCGUCUCGCCACCGCAGAGACCCAAAUAUGGAGGCCCAAGGAUCAAAAUCCAAUCCUCUUACGCCAGAGCCCUCGCCUCCUCAGCCCCGGCUCCAGCUCCUGCCUCCACAGCCACAGCAGCUCCAGUUACCAGACCGACCCCAGUCUACCGCCCCCCUUCUCCCCCAAGCUCGGAGAAACCGGAGUUCAGCUACUUCAGCAAAUACUCGGAGGCGGCUGAGCUGCGGAGCACAGCGGCAGCAGCCAAAGGCCCCGAGGUGGAGGCGUCCAGCGGCCCGUUCCGCCUGCGCUCCAAGAAGCAGCGGACUCUGUCCAUGAUCGAAGAGGAGAUCCGAGCAGCGCAGCAGAGAGAGGAGGAGCUGAAGAAACAGAGGGUGGAGCAACCUGCCAUCAGGGUCCGCCCCAAUAAGAUGAAGAGCAACAGCCUGCCUGCUAGACUCACUCUGACAGCCAGACGGCACCCAGGAAAGAUCGAGAAGGUUCGACCUGCCCCACCCGUCUCCCCCUCGCCCUCAGAGGGAGCCCUGUCCGACGCCGGCAGCGAGGACUCCGGAGGACGACCCAAAAACUACAUGCAGACGCUAAUGGAAGACUACGAAUCACACAAAGUGAAGAGGAGGGAGAAAAUCGAUGACAACAGUUAUGCCCGUUUGUUGCUGGUCAACGAGGUAACCACUGAGGUUCUGGAGGCCACUCGUGUCACCAGGAGGAAAAGCGACAUGGCGCGGAAGUGGGAGGCCGGUAUCUACGCUAACGAGGAUGGAGAAGGAGAAGAAGAAGAGGAGGAGGAAGAGGAAGAAGAGGAGUAAACAGCUCCUCCCAGAGACAGUUAGAGACCAAGUGGGAAUGAUGAGAAGAAAAAAAACACAGCUAGGAGAGGGGAAAAAAAGUAUUUAUUUUACUAAAAGUAUUCUGAUGAUCACAUGACCCGCUGGCUCAACCAAUGAGGCUCAUCUAAGAGAAGCAUCCACUUUUGAACCUGAACAGUUGAAGGCCAACAGUAUGUAAAGAGACUGAGAAUGUGAGAGACAUUUAAGGUGUUGAGGUGAGUUUGAAAAAAGUCAGUGACGCAAAAGACACUUUGAAAGGGUUUUAAGAUUGUUAUAAGCGGUUCAGGAUUAACAGGUUUUAAUAGUUAGUAGACGUUGAAUGACUUAAAUAUUCAUAGGAAUUUCCUGUAAUUUUUUUAUGGAAAGACGUGUUGAGAUCUGAAGAUUUUACUUUGACAGGUUGCCUGAGACUUGCUGAUGAUGUGUCCUUGGCAAUGGAUGAUAACAACCCAAACUAUUUUCACUAUGUGUGGAAGAUAACGAAGGAAAAGCAAGACCUCAUUUCUGUCAUUUCAGAAUGAUUUUUACCAUGUGGGAAGGUUUCCAUGUCACAUUCAGUAAAGUGUGAUACUCUGCGUCCUGCAGUGCCACAGUACACCACAGUACAGACACAGGUUUGUAGGAACUUUUGAAAUCACUUGAAGCAUCCGUGUUCAAUUUAAGUGCCCGACUUGACCGUCCUUGGAAAUGCUAGCAUGAAAAUUAGCAAAACUAGCAUCGAGGUUCAACUUUGCCUUAGAUCAUCAUGAGUAAUCGUAUGCACGAUAUGUACAACACGUUUGAUUUUCUCCUAAUCUAUAUGAAUACAGUUCCAAAAGAGUGAAACACACAACUGCGUUAGAUAGAAAGAAAACACAACUCUUCAGUCAAGAUUUUUAAGUGAUGGGGGGGGGGGGGGGGGGGGUCAUGUUUGCGUCACUUGAGUCAGCGUGUGUAUUGAUUAAAGGGCUCCGUCGGGGGGUUUUAUAUUCUAAAAAUCACUUAUUUUACCUUUGCUAGCUACGUCGCUUUGCGGCCCUGUGCUUUCAGACGUAAGCAAUUGUUUGAUGUAUUAUACUGAGGUAGGACUGUGCAUUUGAGAUUGUGAACAUGUAUGUAGAGAUUCCUGCAGCCUUGCUAGCUGAGGAUAAAGUUUGAUGAUGGAAAUUAUUGGGGAAAGCGUUUUAUAAAAAAGGUUUUCAUACCGUCAGCCUAGAUUUCCAUUUAUUUAAGAAGUACUGAUUGUGUGCAUGAAAUGACACUCCUUUUACAACCUGACACAAGCACACUACAGGGAAAAAUAACUCUUCUAACAGGCUGCAAAUGCAGGCUGAUGUCCGUUUGUUCUGAUGUUAAUACCAUAAAAGUGGGAUAUUUGUGUGUUGGGGCUAUCAGUUUUUAUACUAAAUAUAUUGAGAGAGUUUUGCAGGACGAUCAACUUCCUGUUUUGUUGAAUGACUGAAGAGAUUCAGGCUUCUAUUUGGGAGGCAAUACUGUGGAAUUUCAGGGUGUAGAAAGUGAGUUUUAGCUAAUUAAAAACGGUCAGAACAAUCCUUGGAGCCAGGACCGACGAAAGGAGAGUGAAAAGAAGUGUUUCAAGGUGUUUUCAAACCACUUUAACUCAAAGGUAUUAGAAUUAUGCUACCUUUCAGUCUGUUUGAAUCUUGUUUAAUGAAGCCUCUUAGAGUAUUUCCAGCGUUAGGAUGUCAGUAGAAGUUUUUUUUUCGAUCAGCUGCUGGCAUGUCCUGUUUAAAGUGUCCUUUGUCUAGGCACUGACCUUUCUGUGUGCCCACAAACACGCUGAACAAAAAUCUAUAUCAUCAGAACUGAGGUAAACCUGCACAAAAAUUGCAUAACUGCAUGACAUGAACUGACCAUUGACAAUAAUGACCUUCAUUAUAUUUAUUGGGACAGUCCCAUCCUAAGUGCAAAAUAUCUGACGCUAUUUAAUUGUAAUAAACUCUGAGGGUAAAAACAGUGCCAGUAACCACCAAGCAUUAGUGUGUGAUGUGUCCAUUUCCCCCUGAAACACACACCACACAUCAGUUCCAGAGGACCCAGCUCUUCCUUGUUUUUCUACACGUGAUAAUAUAUAGUGAAACAAAGUAUUUAAAGAACCAGUGUCCCUUUUUAGGAGACGGGGGUGUCAUUGUGGUGCAGCAGAAUGUGUGUGAGUAGUUGCAACGGAGGUACAGUGAUGCUGAUAUGAGGUUAGUUUUUGCAGCCGGUUUAGGGAAAAACAAAAUGGUUUACUGACACAUUUUUACUUAAUAAAUAUUAGAUUUUAGAGAUGCUUGAACCAACUUUUUGUUAAGGUUGAAACAGAUAGCGAUGUCUCACAUGAUAGUUUCACAGUGAAUGUCCUAUAUCUUAGCUUUAUUAACAAUUUGAGUUUUAAGCAACAAAAAACAAGGCUUUGUCUCUAGUUUACUUUAGCUGCUGCAACUGUGUUAUUGUACACACACAUACACACACACACACACACACCAACCUCCUUUCACCUGCAGAGGUUGAAUCAAACCCUAAACCGAAUGAGUUCUCACUAAAUAACGCUUUUUAAAAUGCUUACACACAUUGCGCACUCGCAGAGGAUUUCUAUCUGUGUGAUUUAUUAUUUUUAUUACUAUGCUUUUUGUUGUUUGAAUUCAUGGUGCAGAGAUGAUUUAUUUAUCUUUUGAAAAAUGCUGGUAGCUUGUUUUCCCCUGAAGGAGCGCCCAAGCUUCAGCGUGUGUGUGUGCGAUAAAGCUAUCGUAUUAUACAGUAUAACCUCUGUUCCUAUGUUAACCACUUGUACGCUCAUACUCUGCUUUCUUAUUUUAUAGCACAUGUAAGGCUCACAGUUAUACACCUACUAUACAUAUUAUGAAUAUUUUCUCAUUAAAAACAAAACCUGUACA